AUGUGUCUAUUAUCAGUACAGCGCAGGAAUUUUAGUGCCGCUGGCAGGCUCCUAAGUCGAGCGGCAACGGGCGGGCGGGUAAGGAGCUUCACAACCUCCGGGCAACCGUUGAACCAGUAUGACCAGACUAUUGCAAAUUUGAAGAUCAACAAAAGUUCUCGCAUUAUAUAUCAAGGCUUUACUGGCAAAGCGGCCACUCAAAAUGCGAAAGAAACCAUCGCCUACGGAACGAACGUUGUCGCUGGUGUUUCACCGGGUAAAGGAGGACAGUUGCACCUUGGAUUGCCGGUAUUUGACUCUGUGCGUCAGGCAAUGGAAGAAGUAAAACCUCACGCCAGCUCCGUCUUUGUACCAGCUCAAUUUGCGGCCGCGGCAAUUAUUGAAUCUAUUGAAGCCGAAAUCCCGCUGGUGGUAUCAGUCGCAGAGCACAUUCCCGUUCAAGACAUGCUUAGGGUUCAUGAAGUACUGCGCACCCAAUCAAAAACACGUCUCGUUGGACCCAAUUGUCCGGGAAUAAUUGCGCCUGGCCAAUGCAGAAUUGGGAUUAUGCCAUAUAGGCAAUACUCUGAAGGCGUGGUGGGAAUUGUUUCCAAGAGUGGUACUCUGAGUUAUGAAGCAGUUGGUGCUACAACAAACGCAGGUCUCGGACAAAGUCUCGUCGUUGGAAUGGGAGGGGACCUUCUCCCGGGAACCACUCUUGUUGACGGACUCAAGUUUUUAUUCGAUGAUGCAAAAACCAACGGUAUCAUUGUCAUUGGUGAGAUCGGGGGAGAGGCAGAACUGAAGGCCGCGGAGCUUAUCAGAGAGUAUCGCAUGUCUACUCCAAAUCCCAAGCCAAUUAUUGCUAUGGUGGCAGGUCGGACUGCACCAAAGGACAAGACUAUGGGCCAUGCUGGUGCGUUACUUUCCCCGCGAGAUGCGUCGGCCGAUACAAAGGCAAAGGCUCUUGAAGCAGCGGGUGCAGUAGUUGUGCCACAUCCAGGGAUGAUGGGUACGGAGAUGAAGAAGUUACUGGGCCUUUGA